CAAAAUGUUGAAACUCAGGUUGAACAAAUACUUCAUGAAAAGCAAAGACCUAAACCAAAAAAAUGUUUUAUUGAAAAAGAGAAAAGGCUAAUAACAGUUUUUAAUGACCAAGAAAAUCGAAAUAUUAUGGAGUUUUUGCAUAGAAUUUCUGAUAAUCUUUCUGCUUAUCUUUCUUUGUGA